AUAAGGGAGAUAAUGACAAGGGAGAUAAUUGCAACUUUAACGAAAAUGAAAGUAAAAACGUUUAGAAAUGGUUUUGCUAGCACCUUUAUCUUAUUUCUUACAGUAGAUUAUAUCUCAUCAAAGAACGUUCUCAUUAUUAUAGCUGAUGAUGCUGGAUUUGAAACAUCAGUUUACAACAAUACAGUGUGUAAAACUCCAAAUUUAAACAAACUAGCAGAAAGAAGUUCUAUCUUCACAAAUGCUUUCACGUCUGUUAGUAGCUGUUCUCCCAGCAGGUCUGUGAUAUUAUCAGGUUUACCACAGCACCAGAAUGGGAUGUAUGGCCUUCAUCAAGAUGUCCAUCAUUUUAUGUCAUUUGAUGGUGUUCAGAGUCUUCCAAAGAUAAUACAUAAAGCUGGCAUAAGAACAGGAAUAAUUGGGAAGAAACAUGUUGGUCCUGAGACAGUCUAUCCCUUUGACUUUGAAGAAACAGAAGAAAAUAAUAGCAUUUUACAAGUGGGGAGAAACAUUACCAACAUCAAACUUCUUGUAAGAAAGUUCUUAAGUAAAGAUAAAUCCAGCCCAUUUCUGUUGUAUAUUGGGUUCCAUGAUCCUCAUAGAUGUGGUCAUACCCAUCCACAAUAUGGACAGUUUUGUGAAAAAUUUGGUGAUGGUAGUCCUGGGAUGGGAUCUAUACCUGAUUGGACACCGCUGGCCUAUAACCCUGAUGAUGUCAUUGUACCAUAUUUUGUCCAGGACACACCAGCAGCAAGAAGAGAUAUAGCAGCUCAGUACACAACUAUUAGCAGGCUAGAUCAAGGUAUUGGGUUAGUGCUGAGAGAACUAGAAAUAGCUGGAUAUUUAGAUGAUACGUUGAUACUCUAUACAUCAGAUAAUGGUAUACCCUUCCCUAAUGGCAGAACCAAUUUGUAUGACUCUGGAAUAACAGAACCAUUCUUACUAUCAUCACCUCUACACAGAGGCACAUGGGGCAUGGAAAUUCAGAAAUUAGUGAGUCAUGUUGAUAUUGUUCCUACAGUGCUUGAUUGGUUCAACAUUCAGUAUCCUCAGUACAAGCUUCUCCAUAACCCAGUUAUUCUGACAGGAAAAUCAUUAUUACCGUUGCUAUGCAACAGUGACAGAGAAUCAGAAGAAGUCAUAUUUACCAGUCAUAAUUUGCAUGAAGUGACCAUGUAUUAUCCAAUGAGAUCUAUUCGUACAAAACAUUUCAAACUUUUACAUAAUUUGAAUUACCUGAUGCCUUUUCAAAUUGACCAGGACUUUUUCAUUUCAAAUACCUUUCAAGAUUUGCUAAAUAGGACUCGAGCUGGCAUAUCAACUCAUUGGUAUAAAAAUUUAAAACAGUAUUACUACCGAAGUCAGUGGGAAUUCUUUGAUUUGUCAACAGAUCCACAAGAACGUAUUAAUCAGAUUAAAAAUGAGAAAUACACAGGAAUAAUAAAAUAUUUAAAGGAACAGUUACAUCAGUGGCAAAAUAUAACAUCCGAUGCAUGGAUUUGUGAACCACAGGGAAUUCUAGAAAAUAAAGGAUUUUAUAAACAUAGUCCUCACUGUUUUUCUGCAGAUUAUGGUGUAUGAAUUAUAACUGCAAAAAAUACUGAUCCACAAAUAUAUAAUGCUGAAUGAAUAUAAACCAUCAGCAUUAAACAGAUCUAAAAUUGGCCAGAUUCAUAAUGACAUGAACAUAAAUGUGAAUGCAAAACAGCACAGAUUUUUAAGUACCAGUUUAGUCUUAUAAUGUGACAUUGUUUAAUGAGUCUUCAUAUAUGACUUCUCUUUGCAACACUAGUUUCAUCUCUGUUGGUCUUGGCAGACAGUAAUUGAGAAGUUAAGCCACCUGCAGAAAUACAAUCUAUAUGAGUAAAAGAAAAAGACAGUAUUUUUUUUUCUAAAUGAAGGCUGAAUGGACUUCGAAUGUAUGGAUAAUCAUGAUAAUACAUCACUUUUUACAAUGUGAACAAGUAAUGAUGUUUUCUUGAGAUUGUCACAAAACUUUCAAUAAGUGAUUUUACACUAAUAUUGUAAUUACAAAACAACAAAAGAUAUUUUUCAAUAAAA